AUGCGCCUCUUCCUCCCCUUCCUCGCUCUAGCGGCGACGCUGGGUGCGCUCUCUGCGCCGCUCGAUGAGCCUUCUGCGCUGCUCCUCGAGCGUGGUGGCCACCUCGGUGGUGAUAUCCUUGCACCCAACUCCACCGGUGGCGUAUGGACACGCGGCUUCGCCAAGGCCCGCGAGCUGGUCGAGCAGAUGACCAUCGAGGAGAAAGUGAACGUCACAUCUGGAUACACGGGCUUUUGUGUUGGCUACACUGGUGAAGUUCCACGCCUCGGCGUAAAGCCUUUGUGCAUGGCAGACGGCCCAAGCUCGGUUCGCCCCAGUCGUGGCGUGAGCCAGUUCCCGGCCGCCAUCACAGCCGGUGCUACAUGGUCUCGCCGUCUCAUCAGCGCCCGUGCCAAGGCCAUGGCUCAGGAGUUCAAGGAUCGUGGCGUCAACAUUGCCUUGAGCCCCGUCACGGGCUCUCCGCUCGGCCGUUCACCACUCGGAGGCAGGGACUGGGAAAACUGGUCUGCCGACUCCUACCUCUCGAGCAUCGCAAGCUUCAUCACUGUGCGCGACAUGCAGGCCAAUGGUCUGGCCUGCACAGCCAAGCAUUGGCUAGGUAACGAGCAGGAGACUCGUCGUCGCCCCUUUAAUAGGAGUGAGGAUAACGACUUCACGAAGGCGCCGAUCGGGCAGAGUGUGGAUUCGCGUCUCGACGACCGCACCACGCACGAACUCUACGCACUCUCCUUCGCCGAGGCUGUUCGCGCUGGCACGGCUUUCAUCAUGUCCAGCUACAACCGUCUCAACGGGACGCAGGCGUCUGCCGAUGCUUUGAGUCAGAACUACAUCUUGAAGGACAUGCUCAACUUCCACGGCUCGGUGAUGAGCGACUGGGGCGGAACUCACUCGAACGACGCGUACAACGGAGGCAUGGACAUUUCCAUGCCGGGCAACUCGUAUGGUGGCCUGUUCGGGAACUUCGGGGGGGCUAGCCUCCUCGCCGACAUCAAAGCGGGCAGAGUCCCCGAGUGGCGCAUCCAUGACGCGGCGAUUCGCACUCUCGCCCCCAUCCUCGAGCUCCAAGGGGACCAGCAGUGGCCCGAAGUCUCUUUCGACGUGCGCGACACCACUCGAUCGCUUUACCCGAGCGUGCGCAAGCCCGAAACGGCCGACCUCAUCCGUGAGAUCGGCGAAGAGGCGGUGGUGCUCCUACACAACAACCGCUCCGCCGGCCUCGGUCUGCCGCUCAAGCCGCGUCAUGUCCUUCGAAGCCUCGCCCUGCUCGGCGAAGGCGCGUUCGACAAGCCCACUGGAUGGACCUCUUGCGGCCAAGGCGGCGGCUCGUGCUCGGAGUACUCGAAGAAUGGCACGCUCACCAUGGGAGGAGGCUCCGGGUGGGGCAUUCCCAGCUACAUCCUCUCCGGUGCAGCCGUGAUGCAGCACGAAGCUCGCCGUGGAGCCUUCGACAUCAACUUGGACGCUUCGGACGGCUACAUGAACCUCAGCAACUUCCGCAUGCAGGCGCGUGCUUCGGAAGCGGCCCUCGUCUUCGUCAACGCCUGGUCUACGGAGGGCAAUGACAGGCCGAACAUCACGCUCUUCGGUGGAGGCGACCGACUUGUCAAGGCGGCUGCGAGUGAGUGCAACAACACGAUCGUGGUGAUCAACUCGGGCGGCGUCGUUCUCGUUGAGGACUGGAUCAAGCACGAGAACGUCACGGCCGUCCUCUAUGCGGGUUUUCCCGGCCAAGAAGGCGCUGGCGCCCUCCCAGCCAUUCUCUUCGGCGACAAAUCACCGAGCGGCAAGCUUCCGUUCACUUGGGGUCGCAGCCUCGACCAGUACCUGCCCAACUCGAUCGCGCGCGUGCCUGACAUCGCUCCGGUCGCCAACUUCGACGAGGGAACGCUCGGCGGCGACUGGCACUGGUUCGAGUACAAGAACGCAACUCCUCGCUACGCCUUCGGCCACGGUCUGUCUUCUGACGCUCCGCAAGACACGACUUUCGAGAUCAGCGGCGUCACUGUCCUGCUGCAGCCCGGCGAGACGCAGACGGUCACGUUCCCGCUGCGCCGCAAGGACCUCAGCGUCUGGAGCACCGAUAACCAGAAUUGGAUGCUCCUCUCCGGCGACUACCACUUCGGCGUCGGCGGCAGCAGCGACAAUGCGCCCGUCGCCGCGAGCUUCUCGUUCUGA